AUGGCCGACAACCCACCCAGACGUUCAGAUGGCCGCUACCAAUCCAAACGUCGACCAGGUAAAAAAUUCAAACAAAUUUCAUGGCUGAUUCUUGCUCAGAUAUGUAUAGAAGUGUUCAAUGUGUGUUAUGGAAGUCGAAUUUUGCAAAAGUAAGAAAAUGUGACAAUUUAUCAAGCUGCUAAACUUGAUGUACACAUAUGUGGACAGAGGAACUUAGUUUUGUUGGUUUUGUUGAACAUGUCCACAAAUGUGGACAGAGGGAGUUGGUUUCGAAUUAGUAUUUUGGGAUAUUUUAUUAGAAAACAGUCCUUUUAACAGUCCUUAUAUGUUUUAUAAAUAAAUCUAUGUAGAUUUGUUUUGGUUUGAAACAAAAUGUUUUUUUUCUAGAGUGUUAUUCUCUGGAAAAAGCAUUGGAAAUGCUGGGGUUAAUUGGUGGAGAAAACUCAGAGGUGGAAGAUUUAUCAGAUACCGAUGAUCCUGUGGGAGAUGCUGAAUAUCAACCUCCACCAAGCAGCAGUGAGGAAGACAGUAGUGGGUGUGAGGACCCCAUUCCACAGCCCUGUCAGCCUAUCAGAGGACGUAAACGUUUCUGUGAUGAAUAUGAAGGAUAUCGGUCGGAUCGUGACAUUGCCAGAUCAUGCACCCCCAGGCGUCGCUCUCAGACACAGCAGGAUGAGGCUUAUGUUUCUGAAGAUACAACACCAGGACCCAGCUGUAUAGAACGGUCCAAGAAAGGGCGUGGAAUGCGAUGGAAGGCUUCUUCGCUUACACCUGAUGAAGCCUAG